CAAAGCGCCUGCGCGCGGCCUGGAGAGUGACGACUACAGAGUGCGCCGGGUAAUGGCGGGUCAGCGCAAUGUUCUCUUGACGCUGAAGGCUUAUGCCGGCGACUCGGACUCGGAUAGCGAUGCGGAGACAGGCACAAAAGGAGGACUGGUGUCCGCUGGAUAUGGAGAUGACGAUAUCAGCCGGGUCGAAGAGGUGGAUGAGCUGGAUGAAGAGGAGGAGAGCAGCAGUCCAUUGGAAGGUGAAGAUUCAGAAAGGGAGCUGCCGGAAUUGGAUGGUUAUAAGGAGUUCCUCGACGUAGAAAAGAAGAAUCCUCAGGAACUAGUUGCUUCAUUUUCAGAAAAAGUCAGGAACAUGUCCCCUGAUGACAUCAAGAUACCUCCUGAACCCAUGGGAAGAUGCUCCAUUCAUUUACAGGAGAAGAUUCAGAAGCUGUAUGACAGAAAGCUGAAUGAAGGACUUGACAUGAACAAUAUGAUCCAGAGAAAAAAAGAAUUUCGCAAUCCCAGUAUUUAUGAAAAACUGAUCCAGUUCUGUGGCAUCGAUGAACUAGGCACAAACUAUCCCAAGGACAUGUUUGACCCUCAUGGAUGGUCGGAAGACUCGUACUAUGAAGCCCUAGCCAAAGCACAGAAAAUAGAAAUGGACAAGAUAGAGAAAGCCAAGAAGGAGCGGACAAAGAUUGAAUUUGUAACCAGAACAAAGACAGGAACCAAUACCAGCUCGGGCACGGCGGCCACUGCCACCACCACGGCCAGCACAACCGCGGCAGAUUCUCAGAAAAGGAAGAGUAAAUGGGACUCUGCGGUGCCCGUGGCGACAAUAGCCCAGCCGACAAUCAUCACGACCACUGCCACCCUCCCGGGAGUCGUCACCGUCACCACCAGCGCCACCGGAGCGAAAACCACCGUCAUUUCUGCGGUGGGGACCAUCGUGAAGAAAGCCAAGCAGUGAGCACGGGAAACGGGCAGCCGCGGAGACCAGGCUCCUCCAAACCAGCCUCGGAUUCUCAAACUUUCGUAACUAUUGGCAACAACCGCUCCUCACUGUGUACCUGUGACAAGCCCUCAGUGGAACCCUUCAUCGCCCCAGGCAGGGAUCUCAUUGCCCUGCACUCUCUCAAAACCAACGGGACAUGUCCUGGAUGAGCGCUGAAGUGUCUGAGUUAUUUGUACAGUGAGAAAUACAGCCUAUAGCCUGGAUACCUGGAGGAAUGGGGUGGAGUGGUGGUGGCUUGUUUUGCAGAUAUAGAAGACCAGAUGGAUGGGAAUGAGAAAGGGGGUGCGGAUGGGACAGGGUGAAACCAUAUAAGAGAGGCCAAUGGAUUAAGUUGGCAUGCAAGGAUAUUGAUUGAGAUCCUGUCUGCCAUGUGUUGCAUGAUUGUUGUGGAUUACAUUGGUAAACGUGCCUACAAUAGUAUGUGAAUAUUAUGAAGCAGAGUGUAAACACAAAUAAAAGCCUUUUUACUUCCUUGCA